AUGAAAAUAACACAGGCCAGCGUGGGGCAACGCGUUUCUACGGCAGAAGAAGCAUGCAGAGGCGAUCGUGGAGCCAAAGCACUUCUACAACAGAAGAAGCGCGCAGAGGCGUGUGUGUGCGUGGCACAAGCGCAUCUGGGGAAGAAGAAGCGUGCAGAGGCAUGUUGUGGACAGUUUUACUUGCGAUGCUUGCAGCUUGUGUGGGUGCAAAGGUCUUUCUGUUGUUGUUUCCCGCAGCUGGAAGCUUUGGGACUCUCUACCGAUGAUUUCCUGGCAGGGUGCACCAUGGACGACAUCGAGCUGCUUGAGGAAGGCUUGGUGCCUUGCAAGCUGGUCAAGCGAUGGUCCGAGUGCAGUUGCGCAUGGGAUUUCCAAAACUGCUCUGCAAUGGAGACGCCCGAUACACGCGGUUUUCAAAGAGGCCCUUGGUCUGCAUUUUGGUUUGAGUUGUUCACAAAGCCUGGCUGCUUCGAAAGGAGACGAUAA